CAGUCGAUUCUAUUCAACUGUUCAACUGUUCAACUGGCGCAAGCUUCGGGUUGAUGUUCUGACGUGUUUUUAGGCACCGUGCAUAAUACCAGAAUCCAACGCAUGCCGAAUACGAUGCUCUAAUUUCAGCCACUGUUCCAGGGUUGUGAGACUAGCGCAACUCAGCCGCAGGAAGAAACUUGACACACGGUAAGGCUUUCCGUAAGGCACCCCCAUCGAUUCUCCAACAUAUACGCCCAUGAGGACGUUCAACGUUCUUUCAAAGCCUUGCAGGUCAUUCCGCCAGUGUUGAAGCUAUGGCAAGAGGCAUCUUUAGUCGCCUACGGCGUCGUGGAAGCCGAAAGGACAAGAAUAUUCCUGGACAGAUUCUAGAUAUCGAUAUAGCAUCUUUCGGAGACUCGCAUGAUCCGCCGAUAUGGCACUCAGUUGAUUGCGCGGUGCACAUACCAUCGAAUGAGCGAAACCUGUUGUCAUUGACCCUCGCGAGGAAGAUGGGGGUUGUCGCAUUCGACGAGAAGGGAAACAUAGUGGACAAUACGGUUGAGCUACGAUGGAAGCGAAGAGAGCCCUUUCCCAAGAAAAAAUUAUAUGGUUGCAGAGCGCGAUUUGUUAUCCAAGCAGAUUUGCCGUGUGAGGUCAUGUUUGGAAAACAUGAGAUACUCCCAGGAUAUCCUUCCCCAUUUGAAGGUGCAACUAAGAAAGUCUUUGAUCAAUCUUACAGCUUCUCCAAACCACCGGCCAAACCACGGACGAAUUCAUGGGCAAUUGUACGCAAAUCAUUCUCUUGGGGAUCAGACAAAUCGAAGGCCAAGUCUACGAAAUCCUCAUCCGACUUAAGGAUGUCGCAAAUGCCACCUACUGCAAACACUUCCGAUCAUCACAAGUCACAUCGACCAGAACUAUUAGAUGAUGGCGGUGGUUCUCAAGCCAUUCAUAGUGGAAUGCCUUUUUCGGAAGUUACAUCCAAUCUCUCAAGCUCUGCUGCUGAGGGUGAAGAAACCACUGUGACGAAAAAUCGCGACAUCCAUUCAGCUGAAAUCGGUACCGCGCUGGCCACAAUACCAUCAGAUGAGAGUGCGGAGCUCAGGGAAGCAAAUCGGACCCCAAACGACCAAAUUCCAAGUUUUCGUGGAGAUACUAUCCCUUUUCGACACGACACUGAAUCGCAAAAAGACGACUCGGAAAUGGCCUCGAAGCCAAAUUUUCCUCAAGAAAUACCGUCUACUCAUACGUUAGCAAUUUCAGAAACUCCAGAGAUUGCAUCACUGCAGCCGUGUAACAGUAAUCGCGAGCUUCAACAAAGCCAUCUGGAGUGGCCAGGAGCCAAUGGUAUGUUCGUUGAACCUGCGGACUCAGUGGGACGGUUCAAAAACACUCCGCAUGAUCCCGAAACUGUCAGAUUAGAAGAUGAGAGAAAGGGCGUAAACGACCCUGCAAAUCGUGCUGUUAUUCAAACGCACAUUCUUCCUGGAGAUGGCGACAAAUCUGUGGCGCUGCAUCAGUUUACGACUACGAGAACACCAGAGAACGCGAAAGAGGAGAAUUCAAGAAUCUGCACCCAAAUUCAAAGUGCAAGUGAUCUUGAAGCGUGGAAGUCGAUCGAAAUGCUCAAACAGAAGCCAGAUUGGGCUCCAAGCGAGAGCAAUGACUCUGGCGUAGCUUUUCGAAGACCUGAAAUUGGGCGGAACAGCCUGCAGUCUAUUGAGGUAAAGCCUAGUGAGCCACCGAGAAUUGGAUGCUCGCAGUCUGCGGAUCAUGGAAGCCAAGAAACAACGGAUCCUCGAUCGAUGAGGACCGAUAAUCUCGAGCUAUAUCUUCAGUAUCAAUACAGAAAUGACCCCGGGGAACCUGGGGUGCCUGCAUCGCAGGAAGCUAUAAAUGUGUUAAACAGCGACGAGCACCUCUCAUCGCUGGUCAAGGCUCCGACAGAGUUGGAAAGAGAGGCCACCGGCCAGACUCAUGCAGAUGCUCUCGAUCCGACAAUAGAGAGCUUCGGUCAUUUAGGAACUGAGCAGUCGACUAGAUCACUUGCAAAGUCGCGGAGCUCACUUGACUAUUCAGCGGUAACCGAACGCCCUGCACCAAGUGAAACUGCCACCCCACUCGUGAAGCCAGAUUCUAUAUCUGGGGAAAAUAUGGUGGAAGGGCAGAGCACAGUUCCAGAGGUCAAACAGCACUCGGAACGCUCGCGUAGAAGCACAAAUUCUCGUUCUAAGAAGCGCCUCAAAAGGCGUGGCAAAGCUCCGAGAAUAAGAGCUUGGAAAGGAGACCUUUCUCAGAAGGCCGACCUGGUACCUGCAGAGGGCGCAGAUGAGUAUUGGGAGUAUGAUGAGGGAUUGAAGGCGUACUACCAUAUUGAUUCCGAUACUGGAUCCACCUUUUGGUAUGAAGACUCAUCAGAUGAGUCCGAAGUAUAACGGUAUAAAUUGCCUCUUCAGGCUGUGUGCAUACGCUCUUGAAACCUUUGAGCCAUGAGA